AUGGAGCAGCCAGCUGGUGCUUCUCUCAGGAGAGCCGUCGACUGCAGCGCUCGCCGGAGACACAGUGGAUCUGUCAAACGCAUGAGACGCAGUGGAUGGAACGUUCCUCAGCUGCCGUGUGGAAAAGCCCUUUACAGCUACGAGGGCAAAGAAGCGGGCGACCUGAAGUUCAGCAAAGGUGAUAUCAUCAUCCUGCGGCGGAAGGUGGACGAGAACUGGUUCCACGGCGAGCUAAACGGCAGCCACGGAUUCCUUCCGGUGAGCUACAUCCAGUGCAUCCGACCGCUGUCCCAGACGCCGCCGCAGGGGAAAGCACUCUACGACUUCGAGGUCAAAGACAAAGACCAGGACAAAGACUGCCUGACCUUCACUAAGGACGAGAUUCUCACCGUCAUACGAAGAGUGGACGAUAACUGGGCAGAAGGCAUGCUGGGGGAUAAGAUCGGGAUUUUUCCUAUCUUAUACGUGGAGCUGAAUGAAACGGCGAAGCAGCUGAUGGAGAUGGACAAACCGUCCGCGGCCCCGGGUCCGAGCGCAGAGUCUCCCGCCGCCGUCAGCUGUAACGGGAACGCCGUGCACAGACACGCCGAGGGGAAGAAGAAUGCCAAGAAGCGGCACUCAUUCACGGCGCUCAGCGUGACGCAGCGCUCGGCGCAGGUGCUGGGAAACAACCGGCACUCGAUGGAGAUCAGCGCACCUGUGCUCAUCAGCUCCUCGGACCCCCGCGCCGCCGCUCGCAUCGCAGACUGCCCACACCUGUCCUCCAGCGCACCGGCCACACAGCUGAAUGAAACGGCGAAGCAGCUGAUGGAGAUGGACAAACCGUCGGCGAGCGCAGAAGCCGUCAGCUGUAACGGGAACGGCGCGCACACACACGCGGAGGGGAAGAAGAACGCCAAGAAGCGGCACUCGUUCACGGCGCUCAGCAUGACGCAGCGCUCGGCUCAGGUGAUGGAAAACAACCGGCACUCGAUGGAGAUCAGCGCACCUGUGCUCAUCAGCUCCUCAGACCCCCGCGCCGCCGCUCGCAUCGCAGACUGCCCACACCUGUCUUCCAGCGCACCUGCCACACAGGACUCUUCAAUCACAGCAAACUCGGGAGCUUCAGUUCCGCCGCGCGUCACGUCAACAACCGGAGAGCUGCUCGCUGCCGCUAAAGUCCAGCUGCCUCUCAACAUAUAUCUGGCCAUGUACGCUUACAAACCUCAGAAGGCGGAUGAGCUGGAGCUGCGGAAGGGCGAGAUGUACCGCGUGAUGGAGAAGUGUCAGGACGGCUGGUUCAAAGGCACGUCGCUGCGCUCCGGAGCGUCUGGAGUUUUCCCAGGAAACUACGUCACACCCAUCUCCAGGGCUCCGUUCGCCGUCGGUCAGACGCGCUCGUGUCUCUCUGGAGCGGCUCAGGCUCAGGCUCCUGGAUCCCCGGGCUCCGCCGGUCCCUCCAGUCCGGUCCUGCUGGCGUCUGCAUCUGCGUCCCGCUCCAGCACGCCGCUCAGCAGCCCGUCGUCUCCGCAGCUGCAUCUGAAGAACUGCCUGCGCUUGUGCAGCCAGCAGACGGUCAAUCAGGCGCGCUCCGCCAUGCAGCUGGUCCACAGUCCUCCGGCGAGCAGCAGCAGUCCGUCUCGUUCCCCGGCGCGGCCCCUGUCUCAUGCCGCCUCCACUCGGCCCCUGAGGCCCCUGACCUCCGCCACCAUCACGCCUCCCAACACCAGCGCGGCACAUCUGAACGGAGCGGAGCCGCAGCUGUCCUCAACUGCACACACACACGCAGACGCAGGUCUGAACAAACUCGAGGACAAGAAGCUGGAGAAGAAAGAGAAGAGGAGCAGCGGUCUCCUCAAGCUUCUCUCCGGAGCCGCAGCCAAAAAGAAGUCUCGCUCUCCUCCGUCCGUGUCUCCGACCCACGAGCCGUCCGCUCACGGCCGAGCCGGAUCCUGCCCCAUCGAGAGCGAGAUGCAGGGUGCGAUGGGAAUGGAGCCGCUGCACAGAAAGACCGGAUCUCUGGAACUCAACUUCUCCGUGUCUCCGCCGGCGCGACAGCCCUGCUCCUCCUCGCCACUCGCUGUUCGGCCCGAGCCCAAGCCUCUGUCCCGAGAGAGGUACCGCGUGGUUGUGCCGUACCCGCCGCAGAGCGAAGCAGAGAUCGAGCUGAAGGAGGGAGACGUCGUGUUUGUGCACAAGAAACGAGAAGACGGCUGGUUCAAAGGGACUCUUCAGCGCACCGGCCGAACAGGCCUGUUCCCCAGCAGCUUCGUGGAGAGCUUCUAGAAGAUCCAAACCAGCAUCUCUACUGCCAUCGUCAAGACAGAUCCGGCUCAUCUCCAGCAGAUCCUGACAGAAGCUCUGAAUGAUGAC